CAACACUGGACGCGUGCUGGCCCACUUCAAGCGGGCUAUCUUUUGACAAUGCAAGCUGAGGCUAGUGCUUUGAAGACGGCCUCGGAGGUGGUUCCUCUCGCCUUUCCCCGAGGAAAGGACACGUUGUGUGAACUUUGUCAAGGAGCGGCGCGCCUGCAAUGCUCCGAAUGUCGGGUCACCUUUUACUGUACUGCAGAGCACCAGCAGGCGGACUGGGUGGGGAUCCAUGAGAGAAUCUGUCAGUUGCUUGUUCCCAUUCGCACCUCAACACUUGUUAGUCUCCAGCAGGCUGGCCACAAUGAAACAGAGCUUGAUAAGGUGGAGCUGAUUGAGAUUUGUAGGUCGGUGGCUCAGAGCAAGCUGUCUGAGGGGAAACACCAGGAGGCUCUGCCUGCCGCCCAGUUCUGCCUGCGCUGUUCCAAAGACGUCUACGGCCCCAGUACGGUCAAAAUGGUCCCCGCCUAUCUACUACUGGCUGAGGCCAACAUGGCUUUGGGUAAUCUCUCUCAGGUAGCGGAGCUCCUGUCACAGGCAGAGUGGGCGGGGCUGAAGAGCCCAGAACACUCGGCCCACCACCAGCUGCACAGGAGCCUGGGCCGCCUCCACACAGCGACUGGAAACCUGGAAGCAGCUCUGUUUCACUUUGCAAAUGAUAUAUACUUUGCCAGUGAGGAAUAUGGUCUGGAUAGCACAGUGACCUGUGGUGGCUUCUUUCUCAUGGCGGAUGUGUUUGCCAAACAGGAGAAGAUACCCACUGCUCGUUCCUUGUUCUCUAAGGUGGCACAAACUUGGCACUGCCAUUUGACCAAACUCCUCGAGACCCACGCCCAAAAUGUCCAAAAUCCUGACAUGGUGUUGGAGCCCUCUUAUGGCGAAGCCAGGCGAAUGUUAAAAGUCAUGUUGGAGUUUGAGCAAAACUACAUCAGAAAAGACUCAGCUCAGAUUGCACUGGUGGCCUACUGCCUGGCCAUGCUGUGGUUCCUCGGAGGAGACUCCAUAAAGGCACUGGGAUUUGGCAGCACAGCCCUGCAGGCCAGCCAGCUGAUACCAAACCAUGACCUGACAGAGCCUAUCCAGGGCCUGCUGCAGCUGGUGCAGAGUCUACAGAUGGAGCAACACCCUGGUUCGGACUAGUCCCCGUACCUGCCCUGCCGAUCCCUCCACACAUGCACAUGUAGGAACCAAUGACUUACUGACAAAUAAAAGAGUACAGAGCUUUUGGAGUAAGAACAGAUGUUGUGAUUUCAUAUUGUAAGCGGAUAAUGAAAAAAAAACAUUCACAUUGGCGCUCAUGAAGUGGAGGAGACUCAUUUUCAUUGGUUUUGAAUCAUGACUCAUCUUUAUUUGUAUCUA